UUUAUAGCGCGCCCCGAGACUCGGUGCUCCCCCAGACGCGAGCUCCCGGCGCCCCGUCCCGCUCCCUCCUGCCGUCCUGGGGCGCCUUCAGCCCGACCGCUACAGCCUCCAGCGUGCAACGGCAUUCUCCUGACUUCGCCGCCAGAUCAGGGACAUGGCGACCCCCACCUGGCCCUGGGUGCCCUACCCCGAAGCUGCUGUCUCUCGGACAAUCCUCUUCGGCUGGGUCCUCGUUCAGUUGGCCGGAGCCUCAGGCACUACAGGUGUCGUGGUAGCAUAUAAUUUAACUUGGAAAUCAACUAAUUUCAAGACAAUUUUGGAGUGGGAACCCAAACCCAUCAAUCAUGGCUACACUGUUCAGAUAAGCCAUAGGUUAGGAAAUUGGAAAAGCAAAUGCUUCUCCACAACAGAGACAGAGUGUGACCUCACUGAUGAAAUUGUGAAGGACGUGAAGCAGACAUACUUGGCGCGAGUCCUUUCCCAGCUGGCAAAUGCCACCAGUUCUGCUGCGGAGCCUGUGUUUACAAACUCCCCAGAGUUCACGCCUUACUUAGAGACAAACCUCGGACAACCAACAAUUAAGAGUUUCGAACAAGUUGGAACAAAACUGAAUGUGACCGUACAUGAUGCGCGUACUUUAGUCAGAAAGAAUGGCACAUUCCUCAGCCUCCGGGAUGUUUUCGGCAAGGACUUAACUUAUAUACUUUAUUAUUGGAAAGCUUCAAGCACAGGAAAGAAAACAGCCAAGACAAACACUAAUGAGUUUUUGGUUGACGUGGAUAAAGGGGAAAACUACUGUUUCAGCGUUCAAGCAGUGAUUCCAUCACGAAAUGCUAACCAGAAGAGUCCCGAAAGUCCCAUUAAGUGCACUACCCACGAGAGAGGUGUAUUCAGAGAUAUGUUCUUCAUCAUCGGGGUAGUGGUGUUCCUGGUCAUCAUCUUCAUCAUCGUCCUGUCUUUGUCUCUGUACAAGUGCAAGAAGACCAGAGCAAGGCGGAGCAGAAAGGAGACCUCCCCCCUCAAUGUUGCAUAAAGCAUGCACCGUUGGAGCUGCCAGCUGCUGCAGAGUUUAUAUUGCACUGUGACCAAUAACUUUUAAGAGAAUAGACUAUAUGGAAACACAAAUGAGUACUUUGAAGCAUGAAGACCAGUGGGCUCAAAAAAAGUUCAUUAUCUGACCUGUUCUCACGAUUAGCCCUCCAGUUUCGAUAUCAGCAUUAGUCAUUUUGGAAUGUAAUGAGUGGUACGACCAAUUUUAAGUUGUUUUUUUUUUAUUUCUUUUUUAACACUAUGGCAUCUCUUGCACAUAGACUGUAUGUUCUAUACUCAAGGUGAAACCAGGUCCUCCAAGCAAAAACAAAUCAACAAAUGCCUUAAGAAAUCCUGGGUGGACUUUUGGAGGACUUUCAAGAGGCUGACUUCAAAUCCUGUGGGAGAGUAAAAUGGAAAUUGGGUGGACUUUCUAACAUAUGUCUAUCUUUUUGUAAUAUGGUGUUUUGGCUCUGCUUUUUUUUUAAGAGUUCUUUUGGAGGUUCAAAACAAUUGGCAGACUUUCCUAUGAAUGUGUUAAAUGCAGAAGACCUCUAUUUUGGGCAUGUUCCUAACAUGCAUCAUAAUUAAGCACUUUAACUGACUUAAAUGCUGUUGAUUAAACACUUGACAGCUAAGUAUAUUUUUAUAAGACUACUAUACAAACAUACUACAUAGAGUUUAUGACUUAAGGUACUUCAAGCUUAUGUUGUCAACAUUGUACAUAUACAUAUAAUUUUUAAAAAGUUUUAUACAUGGGGAUUUUCUAUUUAUAGAGGUAAUAUUGUUCUGUUUGUAUAUAUUGAGAUAAUUUAUUUAAUAUACUUUUCUAUAAAUAAAGGUGACUGGGAAUUGUGAC